AUGAAAAACAGGAGGCGCGCUUGCGAGGAGUGCCAUCGCCUCAAGAUCAAGUGCGAUGUAGACACAUCACUGGGAGGGACAUGCGAACGGUGUACUGGUAACGGCCUAGAGUGUGUGCCAGCAGCACCGCGUCUUCAGCGUGACCGUAUCCGAGACCUCGAAGCCGAAGUUCAGGAAUUGAAGAACUCAUUGCAGGACCAGAACAACGGCACAACACUGGACCGGACGCCCGAGGGUAUGCCAGAGAGCCGGCACCAUGACGUGUUGUCAUUCCUGGACGCCCGAAUUUCGCAGCACGCACAGCAAAAUCUGCUCGCUCUCUUCAAACAGCAAGCGGAAGCAGUGUGGCCGGUAGUUCGCUUGCCCGUGGACCUGAGCCAGCUUCGCGCAAAGUCGCCAAUUUUGCUUCUCUGUGUACUGGUGUAUACUUUUACACGGGAGGAUCAGGGCACUGAUAUAGACGUGCAUGAUGAGCUCGUGUGGGAAACGAUGCAUGUGUUGGGAGAAGAGGUAAUUGGCAGAGGACAAAGGUCACUUGAACUCGUGAAGGCGCUGCUCGUAUCCGCUUUCUGGAAUAAAUCUACUCGAAAAGGCCAGCAGGCUAGUUGCUUUCAGCUCGUUCAACUGGCCUCCGACAUUGCCAUUGACCUUGGCAUCGCCGGAUAUUCUCUUCAGCCGUCGGCCGCGGCAUAUUUCUCUCGACAUGAUGAUCCCAUGUCAACAGAAGCCCGUCGCACUUGGCUUUCCUGUUUUGUGGCACUCUCGACUUCGGCGAUAUCCAUGCGGCGCCGUAUUGCAAUUCCGUGGGAUGAUCAUCACCAGACAUGCCUUUCAUAUAUGGAGAGCAGUGGCGACCCGUCUGAUAUCCUGCUUUGUCAGAUUGUCCAAAUCACGCAGUUGAUCCAAGAGAUCUCUGAACAUCACUGUCUUUGCCAAUUGUCUACCUUUGUAGAUGGCAACGACUACCGUACGCAUGCCACUAUCGAGACUCUGAAGAACAAAGUCGAUGCAUGGGCGGCCAAGAUGCCGUCCGAUCUGGUGUUUUGCCAGACACUGAGAGUGCUACGGCAUGUAGCCAUGAUCCACAUAUAUGAAGUCGUGCUGCACACCCCUACGAACAAGGCGUCGUUCGGGGCACCGUUUAUCCCGGGUCGCAUUGCCAUCAGAGACUUCCCCAAGCCAGUCGAUAUCAUCCCUCCUCUCGAAAAAGCACUCCAUGUCCUUGUCCAACAAUGUCAUGCCGUCAUUGACACUGUUGCAGAGAUGGAUCCUGCGCUGGUGCUCAGCCUUCCCACGUUUUCAUUUGCGCCAACUGUCCUUUAUGCUCUUUUUGUGCUUGUGAACGCAUUCGUGGCGGCUACUGACCCGGCAAACACAUAUGGUCAAUGCAUAUCGACGAAGAGCUUUCGCAUCGAGCACUGCGUUCUGAAGUUGGGGGGCCUAACGGCAAGCCUCAAGGCGCUCGAUCCCACCACGAGUUGUUAUACAACACACCUGUUUGAAGCGACAGGUUGGCUCGAGGGAUGGUACAAUGACUACAUGGCCAUUUUGAAGCGAUAUGAAACAAAAUUACGUUACCAGUAG